AUGAUGAUACGAACGAGUCGCCCGUUGGUGUUGAAGAGGGCAUUUUUUGGCUCUUCGAAGCCCCAGUCAUAUAGCAUUUCACGGGUCCUCAAUGGCUCACCGGAGCAGGUUUUCGACAUCGUAAGCAGGGUGGACAACUACAAGAACUUUGUGCCGUUUGUUGAGGACUCGUUCAUUACAAGCAGGGAUGGUGGCAAUCUCCCCUCGGGAGCUGGUUUGAAAAUCGGGUGGAACGACAUUACCGAGCGGUUUGUAUGCAAACUCCACUGCGAGGAGAACAGAAACGUGUACGCCAAAAGUGUUGAGCUAGAGUUGUUUGAGACCCUUGAAACGCAGUGGGUGUUCAGCCACGUUUCGACGAGCAAGUUCCCAAAGUGUCGAGUCGAUUUCAAACUCACGUACAAGUUUCGAAACCCAUUGUACAACCAUCUCAGUUCCAUGUUUGCUCCGCAGGUUAGCAACAUCAUGAUUGGUGCGUUUGAAAAACAGUUGAAACAACAACAACGAUGA